GCCCACCUUGCGCGAUGCUGAGCCUCAAGCUGCCCCGGCUGCUCAGCAGCAAGCAAGUGCCCGAGGGGUACCAGGAGCAGGGAAUCCUGUCUGGGUAUCGCCACCCGAGGAGCUCUGCAACAGACUGUCUGCUCAGCGUCUUCCAAAUGACGAACGAAACCCUCAAUAUCUGGACGCAUUUUGUGCCUGCCUGGUACCUAACCUGUUCUGCCUUCCUCAUCAGGACGGUGGAUCUGUACCUGGGGGUCCGAAGUGCCGUAGGGCAAUCAAGCUGGACUGUCCAUAAACCCGUCCCUGCCGGCAGCCCUGGCGUUCCAGUGAGCUCGGUCACUUCUGUCGGCAUCGGUGGCUUCAUUCUCGCCUGUCCCAGACUCCUCGUAGUCCCCGGAUUCAUCUUGUCUGAGACCAUGAAGUCCAUAGAUGCAUCUGUGAGGUUGCUGAGGAUACGAAUAGCGUUUGUGACUAAUCGGGGUCUUUCUUUACUUCCAGGUUCUGCACUGGCAUAUUCAGCCUAUAUUUUCCCAAAAGAAUGGGUGAACAGCACUUUCCACUAUUACUAUGUUCCCAUCGCUGUGUUUAACACUGUUGUUAGCACCAGCCUCUCCUGCUAUUCCAGAUGGCGCUGGCACGCUCUCACGUACCUAUUUGACAGCAUUCCUCUCUUCUACAGGUUCUACCUGUGCGCGGUGGAGAGCUGCACGGAGGCCGUGAUCACGGUGCACUACAGACACACAGUGCUUGCCUUCCUCACGUGCUUCAUCUUUGCUAGCCACCUGCCAGAGAGACUUGCACCAGGACACUUUGACUACAUUGGGCACAGCCACCAGGUUUUCCACGUAUGUGGGAUCAUUGGCACGCACUUCCAGAUGGAAGCCAUCAGGAUGGAUAUGACCGAGCGCCACGACUGGCUCCUGGCCACUUCGAUGCUUCCCUCGGCCCUUCAGACUCUCGGUUCAAUGGGCCUCUGCAUAGCCAUUUCCCUAACUGUCAUUGGGCUCUGCUCAAUGUCUCUUAGCUUCAUGCCUGAGCCUUUGCAGAGAGAAAAAUUGCAUGGGCGUUAGGCUUCACUUCUAGAUACUAUUUAUAUGGCUCCGUGGGAGAGAAACUAAACAAUGUGUGUAUGGUAUGAAUGGAGAUGGAUUUAUUCACAUACACUCUUUGAGAAAAUAUUUAAAAUUUCUCAAGAGUGAAACAUUUUAUAUUGCACUGUUCUUUAUAUAGCUUUAAAGCUGGAAACAGAUUAUGAAAUGUUUUUAAUCAAUUUGAUAGUUCCCCACAAAAAAUGUUUAUAAUAAUCUUAAAUUUUUCUGCAAAAGGGGGAGGUAAACACUAAUAUUUUCUAAAGCAAUAGGCAUUCAUCAGUUCUGCCUUAUGGAGGAACUGGGGAGACAAGUGAAAGUGGAUAAUGCUGGUCAUCUGAUGACAUGAAUGUCCUUGUUAUCAAUUUAAACUGGAAGCAAAAGCUCAGCUAUAUGGAAAUCAGUGUGAAUUGUGUUACUGACUUCAGUGCAGACGGGGCUGGAGAGUCCCAAGGGCUGAGCCUAGCGUUCUGAGCUGUUGCAAUGCUUUUCCAGGUUUCCAGAUUUUGCUUUCAUUGAGGGCAUGAGCCCAAGCUUGUUAAGGCAAGGGCAUGUUUCUGUGGAGUGGAGCAAUUUUAGAUCCGUUCCUUACAUCCCUUGACAUCAGUGAGCUGGAUCAUUAGCCAGGAUGUAAUAGUGCGACACUGUUCAGGCCAGUGGAUCUGGCUCCUUUGCAAAAGAGUAUGAGAAAGAGCUCUCCUAGGGGCUCCCUCACUAAUGUUUUAACUUGAACGGCAGUGUCAUCUACGAGAUUAAAAACUCAAAUAUCUGUCUUCCACAGCCUUACUUUAAACUGAAGUGCCUAACAGAUGUGUGAUUGAGAGAGACUAGAGCUUGCCUAUGUCCCACAUUUUAUUGAUUUUUUUUUUUUUUUGUGUAGCCUCGGCUUUGAGCAUGCCCGUGAUGAGAUUGUCACAUUGGAUUUAUCUAAUAAUGUGUAGUAGGUACAUGAACAUGUAAUGCUAAAAUUACUGCUGUGGAAUGUUAUCAAGCUUCUUGAUAAUCAUACGGGUGUAUAAUUUGUUUUCUGUCUAAUUACCUCUAUUAAGGUAUGAUAGAUGCACUUUUGAGUGACAAUACAACAGCUCUUUAAAAAUAUUAUAGGACAAACAAGUCUUUUGGAAACAAGCUUUCUUUUGAAAGCUGACCAAGAUUUAUAUUAAUAAGCACUGGAACAUAAUGGUUUAUUCAACAGUUUUAUUUAAUUAAAAGGGAAAGCUAAUAUAACUAUGGCACUGAUAUAUGCUAACCUGAUUUGGAUGGUUCAUAAAAAUACUGUCUGUGAAAAUAACUGCUUCAAAGAUAAUUGCUAAUAAUUGCAAAACUUAUUUUCCUUGUGUACAUGUGUAACUGGAAAGGAAUCUGGCUUUGUGUGCAUGAAGUGAUUUAAGAUUCUCUAAAAUUUACACUAAUUAUUAUAUUUUUUUCUUGAUAUUUUAGCUUUUGAAUAUGGGAAGUCCUCUUGUCCUCCUUAUAUGCAACAUCUAUUAAAUAUGUUGCGAUAUUUGUAGGAAAACUACACUAAAAAUUAUAGCACUAUUUUAUACACUGUUACAAUCCUUACACAUCCUGUCUAAUAGAUACUUUACACAUUAAAGUGAAUGUUGUUUGAUCUUGAAGCAGCAUAGGUAAGCCAGAUUUUUUCUUCAGUUGGAGCUAUGCCUUCCAAAAGCUAUUUUAUUUCUUUGUAUGUCAUAAAAUUUAGUACAUAAAACCUCUGUGUCAAAUUGUUACAUAUAAAUAAUAUAAGAUACUUAUUUGUUUGAA